AUGGUAAGGCAUAGCUACAUACACACAGGGGCUAAACCCUAUUCCUGUGAGUUCUGCCAGUCGGCAUUCACAAGUACCGCUGGGUUAAAGAGACACAGAAGAUUACAUGCAGGCAAAGAAACAUGCCAAGGGCAGCAACUCGACUUUGUAAGCAGAGGAAAGAGAACUCGAAGACCCUUAAAGAAUUAUACAUGUGAUGAGUGUAACGUAGUGUUUUACACUAGAGGACAUCUCAGCUUUCAUAAGAAGUUUCAUGAACAGUUUAAGGCUGCUGCUAAUGGUUGUACAAAUCAGAGCAAUGAAUAUCAUAACAGCAAAAUACGCAAAGUUGACAGUGAUUCCCAGGACCAUGUUUCUCUGUCUCUUUCCGGUAAAGAAAAGGAUUGUCUCAGUGGGGGAAGGCUGGCUUCAGAAGUAGACUUUGAGCGGGCAGGUGAUGUGCGGGACAACAAGAAAAUAUGCUCUGGAAAGAAAUUGCCUGAAAACAGCCAUGGAAGCAAGAGCUUACCUAUUACUGGGAAUAGAUCAGAAGUUCCUCUGAAUUCAUACAAAAUGGACACUGUCAUUUGCAAAGAGGAACCUCUCUUCAACUCCAAGGCCUCUCAUUCACAAGUUCAAGAUGAUGAUGCGUAUCAUAAAUUUGUGGAAAACUUAAAGGAUACGUGGCCUUCCAAUCUGUCUACGUUCAAAAUGUACAAGUGCAGACACUGCAAUUAUGCUACCUCUGUUCAUAGCGACUUUAAGCUGCACCUAAAAAUACAUACAGAUGAAAGACCAUUUGUGUGUAAAGAAUGCAAUAAGACAUUUAAAACAUCAAACCAUUUGCAGAAACACAGCCUCGUUCAUGUAAAGAAUGGAUAUGAGUUUGGCCAUUGCCUCUAUGCAGAUAGCCGUUUAGAGAAUCUUGAAUUGCAUCAUGAAAUGCGUGUAGGCAUGUGUCCAGAAACAGAUUUUCAUUCCUCGGAAGGUUCAAACGGCGUCCAUUCCUUGCUUGCUUCGGAAGUCUGUGGAGUACAGCCAGAUGUCCAGAGGUGCAAAGAAAAUGAUUCGCUAGCACAAAGUCAGCCACGAUUCUAUCAGUGCGUAGAGUGCGAGUACGCUACUUACAUUUUAAGCAACCUUGAACUACAUGUAAGAACUCACACAGGUGAGAAACCUUACAGCUGCAGUGUUUGUCAGAAGAAGUUUCGUACUUCCAGUCACCUGAGAAGACACAGAGUCACACAUUUUAAUAUGGAGCAUCUCAAGUGCAGGAACUGUGACUAUUCUACAAACAAAUGGCUGUCCUUGAAACAGCAUCUGGCUUCACACUCUUGUGAGGAAAGCUCAUCUACUGGCUGUCUCUAUGAGCAAAAGCAGCUACCUGUCAAAACGUACACGUGUGAAGAGUGUGGCUAUUCCACAGCCCACAAUGGAAACUUGAAGCCACACUUGAGAAUCCAUACAGGUGAGAAGCCCUUCAAGUGCAGUCAGUGCGCUGUCGCUUUCCGCACAUCUAGCCACCUGAAGCGCCACUUACAGACUCAUUUAAAGUUGCACUGCAGAAGGUGUAAAUUUUCUACGGUAGAUAAACGUGCUUUCCAAAAACAUGUAAAAACACACACAAAAAAGUACAAGUGUGGAAAGUGUAAUGUGAUGCUGCCUACCAAAAAACUUCUGGAAAAGCAUAAGCGGCAACAUAAGCUUGGAAUGUAA